AGUAAGGCGUAUUCACUUUUCAUGUGUUAGCGAGGAUUCAAGUCCCGAUGUUUAUUGUAAACUUAGCGAGACUAAAUCUUUCAGUGCGAUGUAUACAACGUAAUAGAUAAAUUAAAGUGAUGUGUAGCGUUCAGUGUUAGUCAAGUAAUUGUCAUCGUUCGGACUCGACGCAGACAGUGCGCCAUUGAUCUUGCAUAAAAAUAAAACAAGAAAUGUCUUUAUCAUUUCUCAUCAUAGUUCCCUCGAGGUGAAGAUUAGUGCUAUAAAUCGUGAUGUGGCAACCGAAAGGUGUAUAGGUCAAUAACAUGGCAGAAUUGUUAUCGCGAAGAACUAAGUGCAGUGGUUCCAGGAAACGAGCUCUUUUCCAACUAUGGAUUUGGUGUACAUUGAUAAAGUGUUUAUGUUUGCCGUGUAUCUUCGCCAACUGCCUCACCGUAGACAUAACGGUGGCUGUGUAUCCACAAGGUGACAUCAAUAUCAAAUAUGGUGACCCUCUGGAGUUGUUUUGUGUUACAGACAAUAAAUAUACGUCCAAUGAUAUUCAGUUCAAAAUAGGUCAGAAUACGUUGGAAUCGGAAAUUGUGAACAGCACAACGCGGCGGUUGUACAUUCCUCAUCCUGAGAAGCAGGUGGAAACUUACUGUUGUCAUAAUGAAAGAACCAAUAAAAGAUGCACCAGCAGGGUGCUCGUGGAUAGUCCACCUGGUAAUGUCACAGACUUCAAAUGUGUAUCAAAAAAUUUAGAUAUAUUAAAUUGCUCAUGGACUAAUCUAUCCAUGCUAUCAUCUGUUCAAUACACAUUAACUUUUUCUGUCCAUAUGAAUUAUGUGACUCCCGCCUGUGUACCUUCGCAAAUUGGUUCAACCAAAUACUGUGUGUGGAACACAACUAGCUAUCCUAGGUACAGGCAACAGGAAGAAACGCAGUACUUUUACCUGUAUGCUAAAAAUGUAUUUGGAUUCAACAGCCAAAAUUUUAUCAUAGAUCACUUUGCCAUUGUCAUACCAGAUCCUCCUUAUGAUUUGAAUGUAAGUAAAGUUGGUACUCACAAUGUAGUCAUCCAAUGGAAGAUUCCUAAUAACAUAGUUGAUUUCUUAAAGUGUGGAAUAGAUCAUAUAAUACAGUACCAGAUAGCGAAGGUGGAUAAUAGAACAUAUUUCCGAACAGUGAACACAUCAAAUUUGCCGUCCAAACAAAAGGAAAAGUAUACAUUUAAUUUAACAGAUCUGCCAUAUGCUCAUAUGCAAUAUGAGGUACGUAUCUAUAUAAAAUCAAAGAAAGCUGCCUCUCGAGAGUUCUGGUCAGAAUAUGGAUUUUUAGUGUUCACAACUCUCAGUGAAAUACCAGAUAGACCACCUAAUAUGAUAGCAGGAGCUUUUGACCAAUCUACCUACAACAAAAAUAGAGUUAUUAAUGUUUAUUGGAAACAACUUGAGGAAUGGGAAGAAGCUGGUUCAAAUUUUACAUACAAAGUACUUGUAUCACAAAAUAACAGAACUCAAACUGUAUUCCCUGAAAGAAAUAAGAGUAUGAGUUAUGUCUCAUUGAAUGCAACUCUCGACGCUCUAGAUGUUACAGUCUGGUCGUUCAACGUGAAAGGUUCUUCUGUCAACAGCAGUCAUAUGUACAUUCCACCAGAAAAGGACACUCAUUCCUUAAAAGUUACAUCUUUUACCAAGUUAGCAUAUGAAAAUGGCACGUAUGAGUUAUCAUGGGUCGGAUUAAAAAAUAUUGACAAUUAUACACUGUUCUGGUGCCAACACAAUACCACUCAGAUAUGUAUUAGUCGAUUGAACUUUACCGUUCUAGAUUCACAAAAGACUAAUCAUAUAAUAGAUUUACCAAGAGAAUACAGAUAUCAGUUUGCAAUAUCUGCAAAUAAGGGUUCAAAGACAAGUGGCAUGUCCUGGGCAAAGUGUGACAUAUCCAAAGAGGGAUUUGUGAUGUAUCGAUUUGAGGUGCAUUUGAAAUAUGAUGCUCCUACUAAGUCCUCUGUCACAUUACGAUGGCAAAUGGACUGUGCCCUCAAAGAUGGCAUCAUAACUGGCUAUAACAUAUCCUACUGUCCAAUUGUUCAAACAAGUAGUGAAUGUGACAAAUCAGUUGAAAAUAAAUAUGUUUUUAUAUCUAAUCCAAAGCAGAUGGAUGUGACCAUAGAGAACUUAUAUUCUUUUAGAACAUACCAAUUUACAUUUGCUCUCAAUACUGUACAUGGACAAAAGAAUAUAGAAAAUGCAACUGUCGUCAUUACUACAUCAGAAGAUACUCCUACAAAACCUAGAAAUGUUCAGAUAAGUAAUGUCACAAAUGAUUCAUUGCAAAUAUCAUGGGAUCCACCACAAAAUAGAAAUGGUAUAAUUGGCAAAUAUGUAAUAUGGAACUAUAAUGACACAAUUUAUGAAGACAAUGUGUCUGGAACUGAUACUUCAAAACGUCUUAUCACUUUGCCAGGACUUCAGCCAUUCACUAAUUACUCUCUGUCUGUUCAGGCAUGUAAUAUUCCAAUUGGUUUAUGCUCUAAAAGACACUAUAAUGACAGCAUUUUUGUCAGAACAAGCAUUGGGCCUCCCAGCAGGCUGAAAGCACCAACUGUAAAAAACAAUCCUGAUAUGCUUAAAUGGGAGCCGCCUGAAAAUGCAGGGGGAACAGUCGACCUUUACCAGAUAAGAAGGGUUAAAGAUGAUUUGAAACCUGAAAUUUUAGAUACAACAGAUUUGUCAUUAUCUUUGAUUCACUGUGAAGGUGUUGUAUCAACAGAAACUUAUGAAGUUAGAGCAGUGAACUAUGAUUAUGAUAUAUACAAUGGGGCUUUAGGAGACACUAAUGUGACCCUGCCUAAAAGAGGCCCAAAUGAUACUGACAAGGAGUAUCCUGGUCCAUGGAGUGAACCGAGCACUGUGGCCUGCAGAGGCAAAGAUGGCUUGACUAUGAUUCUGAUUUUCAUAGCUGUAUUUGCCCUAAUAGGUAUAGCAUAUGGUUCAAUUAAGUUGUACAAAAAGUAUAGAAAAAUGGAAGAUAUCAAGCCUGUCUUGCCAAAUGGUUUGGGAAUACCUGAAAAAGAUAUCUCAAAGUAUGCGUUUAGCAGUUGGAGUCCUACAAACAAGGAUGAAAAGCCACCCUCAGAUGAAAUGUUAUUGUUGCCCAAUAGUAAAACAACAGUCUCUACACCUGACACAAAACAAAAAGAUGACAAUUGUGGGGCGAGCGAUCACACAGACAGUACUGCAUUAUCUUCAGAUUCAUCUGUGCGCGGCCCUAUCGAAAGACAAGCCUCUACAUCAGAUGAUGGCUCCAAUUCAUCUUUUAUAGAUGUAGAACAACAAGUCAAAGAUGUAGAUGGUGAUGAUAAAAAAGACGAAGAUUCAUCCGCGAAUGAGACUGAGAGUUCAGCUGAAGAUUCCCCCUAUUUUAGUGAUAAAGCUUUCAAGAAAAAUCCAACAAGUGGAUAUGUUCAACAGCCUAUCGUCAAUCCAGGAACUGGAUACGUACAAUCGGCGCCAGCGCACGCAGUAAAUACGACACCUAAAGUCGCUAUGCAACCGUCUACCACUAGUUAUGUAAUGGCCGGUCUGCAACCGCCUGUAUUCACUACGAGCACGGCAGCGCCGAAAACAUCGCAGCCAUCGUCAGGAUACGUUCUUCGUGCAGAAGCACAACCGAGGCCCGGAAUUGAUUUUCCAAAAUUAGGGCCAUCGCCACCCAAGUUAUUGGGACCUGAAAACUUGCCAACUAUGCCUACUUUGCCACCACCAACAAAACAGAGCACAGACAACAGCUACAUUCAGCUGCAGUCGCUAGAUUCCUUGCCUAGUCUCAAGUCGAGCGUGGGUAAUCCUACGCCGCUGAAGCCGCCAGCUUCCAGUGGGUACGUCAGUACAGCAGACAUAGUCAUCAACAAGCACCUGAACAAUAUGAUCGCCGGCCCGCACGCCGAGGAGUCUGCCAUACUAGACCCGGCGAUGUCUCCCGACGCCUAUUGUCGGUUUUCAUGGAGCACUGACCCCGCAAAUGAUAAUUUACACACGCUUCUCGCCGAGUCGCCCACGCGGACGACCAAGAAUUGA